GCAACAUGCAUUUGCUCCAGAGAGGCUGAGAGAGGCUGCAGCAAGAAGAAAAAACUCUGAAUAAACUCAAAAAAACAGUUUAAAAACAGAAAAGAUCGAGCGACGCACGAGGCUUCCUGCCGCGGGGAUGUGAUGGAAAGAGUUUGACUUUAAAAAGUCUGCCUGCUUUCAACAAGCUGCACGGGAAGGGAAGCUGCAGGAGUGCGUGUGACUUCUGCUCAGAGACCGCCGGCUCUGCUCCACCGCCCACAAGAUGCACAUGAAUAGCUUAUUAAAUCAAUGGACCGACAUCUCCAGCAUGUGUGAUGUGGACGUGUCCUCGGAGCCCACCAGCCCCACCCUGUACGGCGAGUCCUCGGACCAGUACUACCAUGAGAACCGCUGGCAGAAGCUCCGCACCGCCGUCCGCAAGCUGGAAUUCUGGGAAAACUUCAGCGCUGAGCUGAUCGGGAGUGGCUUUUUCUCCAAAGUCUACAAGGUGAUGCACAGCACCACCCGGAAAGUGAUGGUGGUCAAGAUCUACAAGAACGACGUGGACCAGGACAGCAUCGUGCGCGAGAUCAGCCUCCUGCAGAAACUCUCCCACCCCAACAUCGUCAGAUAUCUGGGGAUCUGUGUGAAAGAAGACAAGCUGUAUCCCAUCUUAGAGUACGUGAACGGCGGCUGUCUGGAGGAACUUCUGGCCCGAAAAGACGUUGCUCUGUGCUGGAGGGAAAAGGUGGAGCUGGCCUGCGACAUCAGCCGAGGAAUGAUCUACCUGCACUACAAGAACAUUUACCACAGAGACCUCAACUCCAAGAACUGUCUGAUCCGGGUGACGUCUCGGGGCCGGGAGGCCCUGGUGGCGGACUUCGGCCUGGCCCGGGAGGUGGUGGAGCCGCCGGUGAAGGAUCCCGGCAGGAAGCUGUCGCUGGUGGGCUCGGCGUUCUGGAUGGCGCCCGAGAUGCUGCGGGGGGAGCCGUACGACCGGAAGGUGGAUGUUUUCUCCUUUGGGAUCGUGUUGUGUGAAAUCUUAGCCAGGAUCGCUGCAGACCCGGAAAUUCUCCCCAGAACGCAGGACUAUGGCCUGGAUAAGACGGCGUUCAGAGAGCUGGUGACCGACUGUCCUCAGCGGCUUCUGGAUUUGGCCGCCAGCUGCUGCAUGGUGGAGUCCUUCAGACGGCCGGCCUUCACGGAGCUGCUGGACGAGUUGGGGGAGGUGGCGGAGAGUCUGGAGCCUCCACCGAAGCCCGAGCUGACCACCAGCUGAGCGGACCGCCCAGGAAACCCUGAAACCAUGGGCUGUGUGGCGUGUUUGUUACUCGCCGUCCGGACAGACGGACUGAGUUCACAGAAAAACGAGUCCUGGAUGUUUCCGUGGCAACCCUUCACUCCUCCAUUGAACUCCACUGAGCUGCUGGUCGGGUUGUUUUCUAGUUUUCUCACCAACAUUUCUGCUUCGACUCGCUAGCGUACAGACGAUCCGUAGGUAGGAGUGAACACACACACACACACACACACACACACACACACACACACACACACACACACACACACACACACACACACACACUUGGUUUCUGUUGUUUCUCAUCUGAACAAAAGAUGUCUGGGCUUCUUCUGUCCUGGGUUUUUCUCCACAUCUUGCGGAUCGUCAGGUCUGUGGACUCAUUCUCUGCAGGGGCAGAAAAAUGACUUGUCUGCAUACGUAUGGAAAGUGUGUGUGUGUGUGUGUGUGUGUGUGUGUGUAACAAUUUCAACAUGUUAUCUGUUUAGUGUGCAUACUUAAAAUCCAAUAGGGACCCGUGACUGUCUCCAGUCUCUGCUGUCUCUUCACAGCCUUCAGGGUUCUGCUGUGACUGAAUUUUCUGAUUUCAGAGAUUCGUCACUGCAUCUGGGUUUUCUCUGCCCUUCAUCAGGGCUGCGUGCCUUCCCUUUCCCCUCAACGGUGCCGCCUGCAUGACUCUUAGGUCCUGUUUAAAUUUGUUUUUAGGAGACCAAGAAUAUUGCAUUCAUGACACAUUGCGAAGGCCUUGCCUUGGAAUCACAGUAGUAACCUGUCGGUUGGAGGAUUUGAACCUGUGAAUACUGCUCUCGAACCUAGAAGCCACCACUCAUCCAGAUUCCUCAUGAACACAAAAUGAGGUUGUUAAAAAUGCUGCAGCUUGUAUGCCAGACAUGCACAAGCAUUACUCUGCGAGCAGAUGUGUAGAAAACCAUUUUGGUCCGACCUGCCUCUUAUGUGCAGUUCUGUGCCUUUAGGAAGCGUUUCCUGUUUGCACCGUCGUCAUGGAAACCAGCAGCUAAAAGCUGACGAUGUAAAGGAAAGCAUCAUAUAGACCAGGCUGAAGAAACAUGACAUUAGAGCUCAUUGACUGGAGGUAUUGAACAUUACAGGAACCGGAUUGAUAAGAGAGAGCCUGGGAGUCUAGACUGAGGGCAUUAAAACCCCUGGUGUUAGAAAAGGGGAAUGAUGCUACUUGUAAAAAUCCAGCCGGGUGACGAAUGACCUGAGGUGGUGGUGAAGACCCAGACAGAGAUGUACAGACACACGUUACACACGUUACACACUUCAGCUUCUUUUAGAUUCAUACAAAAGUCAUUCUGUUGCUGCUCUUCCCCCAAAGUCCUUCAGUCUGCAGAGUGGGCCCUACAGGCGCUACAGCAAAAACUCUGAGCAGCAACUAAUAAAUCACUUUGAGACUUCAGUUUGCAUCAGGUUAACAGUUCGUUCACUCAUUAAUUUCUGAACCAUUUGUUUCCACAACGCGACUGUUUCCUUUGAAUAACACUGAAGAUCUCAGCUUACAAUAAUAGAAAUACAGGCCUUUUAGUGUCUUUUUAGCACAACAGUUGUAGUUCUUAACUGGACUGUGCAGUAAAAAUGAUUAAAAAGUGAUAGUUUUCAGUGUAAUAUGCAGGUAAAUGUUUUUGCUUUGUGCUGUUUUAAGUUGAUGGAGUUUGAGCGUGUAAAUAUUUCAGCUUUUCUUUUUCUCUUUUGCUCACAACUUUUUCUUAUUUUCUUGUUGAAGUUCAAAAUUCACAAUGUUCUGGCUUUUUAUGUGUUCUUACAGAGAUUUUUCAGGCAGCUACAAUACAAAAUGCAUCGGUUUGCUCUCAUUCAAACUCAUUUUGUUGUGUUUUAGGUGGAAAAAAAUUAAAGUAAUCAGAAC